AAAAAAAUACCAGGAAAAGGGAAACCCCCUAGCAGUCCACAUCAGUCAUCGAAGAGCACUUUUCAUCACAUCCAGUCAAACGAAGUUGCGAUUGUCGGUCGUCCAUUCAAUUUAUCGUGGCGUACCUAUAAAAGAAGAAAAAAAACGCACUCAGGUGAGAGGUGAAAUCCCCAGAAAAUAAUGUUCCUGGACGCUGGAAAAGUUUAAUUUUAUCCCGGAAAUAGAAGGUUUAUGAUUCGGACUUAUUCUUUGGCUAGCGGAAGUGUGAAAAUUGGAAUCCCCCUGAGUCGAAUAACGGGAGUGCGUGUGUGUUCGUUUAUGUAGUGUGGGGCUCCUGGUGUGGAAAUUUGGUUCGACGAAAAAAAAAGUCACGUAACUAGGAGGAGGAAACACAAAAAAAAUCAAGAUGUCAUCGCGUUUCGAGCUGGACGCCGUGCUGCCGGGAGCCAACAUCGAGGGGCUGCCGGUACAGCGACGAGGAGGAGACGAUGAACUAGUGGACGGUGUGGAGACCGAUUUCACUCUGCGUAAGCGUCGCGUUUGGAUCCCCGAGGAAGACGAUUCCCUUGCAUCGGAGGAUAUGGAUCUGCUCGAUGACGACGACGACCUGGAGGAGGAGGAAGACGAUGGGGUUGGCUGCCCGCUUCCAUCGACGCCCGAGGAUACACAGCUUCUGGAGGCAGAAAUGACCGAAGUGCUCAAGGCGGGUGUGCUUUCCGAUGAGAUCGAUCUCGGUGCGCUGGCCCACAAUGCCGCUGAACAAGCCGAAGUUUUCGUGCGGAAAGUAUGGGAAGCCUCGUGGAAGGUGUGCCACUUCAAGAACCUUCCCUCCUGGCUGCAGGAUAACGAUUUCCUGCACAAAGGCCACAGGCCACCGCUACCCUCGUUCAGUGCAUGUUUCAAGUCUAUCUUUCGCAUCCAUACCGAAACUGGCAACAUCUGGACCCAUCUGCUGGGCUGUGUGAUGUUCAUCGGGGUGGCCACCUACUUUAUGACGAGGCCUGCCUUCGAAAUCCAGCUCCAGGAGAAACUGAUCUUUAUGUCGUUCUUCAUCGGCGCAAUCGUUUGUUUAGGGUUCUCAUUUGCGUUCCACACGCUGUGCUGUCAUUCGGAGAUGGUGGGCAAACUGUUUUCCAAAUUGGAUUAUUGCGGCAUUGCGCUGCUGAUCAUGGGAUCGUUCGUACCGUGGCUAUACUAUGGAUUCUACUGUCACUACAAGCACAAACUUAUCUACUUGACGGUUGUCAUCGUGCUAGGAAUAACUUCGAUCGUUACCUCCCUGUGGGACAAAUUCUCCCAGCCGAACCUGAGACCGUUACGUGCUGGUGUCUUCAUGAGCUUCGGUUUGUCUGGAAUCAUCCCGGCCAUACACUACGUUCUGAUGGAGGGUUGGUUUAGCAAAAUUUCUCAAGCUAGUCUGGGCUGGUUGAUUCUGAUGGGCCUGCUUUACAUUCUGGGAGCGCUUUUCUACGCCCUGAGAGUGCCGGAACGAUGGUUCCCCGGAAAGUGUGAUAUUUGGUUUCAAUCGCAUCAGAUUUUCCACGUGUUGGUAUUGGUGGCGGCAUUCGUACACUAUCACGGAAUCAGCGAGAUGGCCAUGUAUCGGGUUACUGUCGGAGAGUGCGACAUCCCCCACCAGCAUCCGGCAAUCAGUUUUUGAGGCUCUUCAGCAGAUACUGGCAUAAAACAACAAUGGGCACAGGAGCAGCAGAAGCGGCAGUAUCUAAAAACAACGGUUCUGAUGGUAGGAAACUUUUUUGGUUUAAACACUUUUUGAAUCAUGUUUUGCCAACACCUUCUCUUCCGGAUCCCGCAAUAUUAAGUAGCUAAACAAAAGUAGAUACCGAUCAGAGAUGGUGUACCUCAAACUUUGUUAUGUUCAUUUUUAUAGGAUCUGGCCUUGGGGGUCGACUAUUUAAUAUAUAAAGAUAUCAAACUGAAUCCUUAUCUGCUAUUUUUUGUUGAAAAGUUUUCUUAUUGUUAAGAUUUUCCAUCUCUUUGAUUGGUUUAACUAAUUCCCUUUAGCAGGCUGAAUCAUGUUGUUUGUGGGAUUGCUUUUUCAUGAAAAAUGUUGGCUCCAUCACAAUAUAACGUUAAGUAAGUUUUCUAAAGGCUAUAAACAACUUUCAGUUAUCAUUCAAUGAGAAGAUUUACAUUUUCCAUGAAAAUGCAAUCUUAAACUCGGGCAUCAUCUGCCCGAAAGUAUCUGUUUUAAUAAACAACUUGAAAGCAGUCCUCGAAGUCAUCUAAAGGGUUACAAGACUCUCCGAACUUCAUCGAAAUCCCUGUCCAUGUCCCCUUCUGUGUAACAAUCCUUGAUGUUUCUCAGCAUAAGUAUUGUCUUGUGUAGUACCUUAUACAUAUUAUUCUACAAAUUACUUAAACUUUCAUCUUUCCAUUACAAAUGAUCGCAUGAAAAGGGUUUGGUUUUACUCACUUCAACUUAUUAUCAUGAAGCAAAACUAUAAGCAAACAAUACAAUAUACUUUUUCUUUCAUAAGUUUACUGUGGCGAAUUUAAAGCAGGACCGAUGAAUUCAUGAAAAAUGAAUGAAAAAAAGCGCAGUAAAAGCUACAGAUUAAGUAAUAUAAUGUUAUGCAACUGAUCAUUAAGAGAAAAAAAUAACAAACAGACAACUACUCGAAGAUAGACCAGCAAUGUAUAAGAUUUUAUUCGUACACUAAAGACAAAACACACUAAACGUGAAAUAGAUUUGGAGAUGCACCGGGAAAAUAGAGGUCUGCUUACAGAUGGAAUACCUUCAAAUAAACAUACCUAACUAAAAAAUACAAAAAUCAAGCGAGAAGAAUAGAAAAAAAAACAACUCCAAUUGCAUGUUAUUUCAAUAACAGAUUGAGUAUUUGUCGACAGUA